GUGUGGCCGCGCGCCCCCGCUGCCCUCCGUGCGCCCGGUCAGACGCGGCUCGCGCACCGGCACCGGAGGCUCCACACACCGUUAGGGAAAAUGAGCGUAGAGAGAAUAUUCGACCACCUCGGACAUUUCAAAAGAUUCCAGGCAUGCCUGUACUUUGCCGCUGUCUUCCAGGCCAUAGCCUGUGGGAUCCACUACCUGGCCUCUGUCUUCCUGGUGCAGACGCCAAACUUUGUGUGCGGCGUGCCCGGCAACAUCACCGACGUCCUGUACGGCAACCAGACCGCAUCCAGCCUUGAAGACAUCUUGCCGGUCUUCAAGCCGGGAACCGGGCCCUUGGUGGCGAGGACGGCUGGAGGCCAACAGUGGGAGCUCGGCCGGUGCCGCCGCGCCCUGCGCAUCGACCCAGGGGGCUUCGCGUACAACUUUGGUGGCAACGCAACGGCGGAGGCCUGCGACGGGAACUUUGUUUACGACCACACGGAGGUUCUCCAAAGCAUCGUGACCCAAUGGGACUUGGUGUGUGAGAAAGAGUGGCUGGCCAAGCUGUGCCAGCCCACCUUCAUGCUCGGGGUGCUCAUCGGAGCGCUGGUGUUUGGGGACGUUGCUGACAGAGUUGGUCGCGUGAAGAUCCUGAUGCUCACCAGCGUCUGUCAGUUUGGCUUCGGGGUCUCCGUAGCGUUCGCUGGGAACUACUAUUACUUCGUGGUGCUCCGCUUCCUGCUUGCCAUGGUGUCAAGCGGCUACCUGGUGGUGGUGUUUGUCUACGUGACCGAGUUCACUGGCAUCAAAGUACGCACGUGGACCUCCAUGCACGUGCAUGCGGCCUUUGCCGUCGGGGUCAUGGUGGUGGCUCUCACCGGUUACCUGGUGCGGGUUUGGUGGAUCUACCAGCUCGUCCUCUCCACGUGCACGUCGCCCUUCCUGCUCCUCUGCUGGAAGUUCCCAGAGACGCCUUUUUACUUGAUGGCCAAGGGCCGCCACGAAGACGCUCAGACCCUGCUGGACUCGAUAGCCCGCUUCAACGGCCUGGAGUGCACGCUGACGGUGCAGGAGCUCCUGGAGCCGGAGGAAAGGGAGAACGGCCGAGCUCUGCUGCGCGAGGCGGAGGAGCGGCCGCCGCAGCCCGAAAAGAAGCUCUCCAUUCUGGAUCUCUUCAGCACCUGGAGGAUGGCUGGCCGUACGUGCACGGUGUGGGCCAUCUGGUUCAUCGGCAGUCUGGGCUACUACGUCUUCUCUCUGGGCUCCGUCAACCUGGGAGGAAACCAGUACAUGAAUCUCUUCCUGGCCGGUGCAGUGGAGCUUCCUUCUUAUCUGGUUGGCUGUUUUGCAAUGGACCGGAUUGGCAGGAAGAAGACCUGUGCCCCAGCUCUGCUCCUGGCCGGGGUUGCUUGUAUGCUCAUCAUUGUGGUCCCUGAUGACAUUGAUGCGCUGGCCAUUGCCCUCGCUAUGACAGGGAAGUUUGCCAUCGCCAUUGCCUUUGGGCUCAUCUACCUGUACACCUGCGAGCUCUACCCAACCAUCAUCAGGUCGCUGGCGGUGGGUAGUGGAAGUAUGAUGUGCCGCGUUGGCAGUGUGGUGGCGCCCUUCUGCGUGUACCUGGCCGAUGUCUGGAUCUACCUGCCACAGCUCAUUGUUGGGAUCCUGGCAUUCGUCAUCGGAGUGCUGACCUUGUUGUUGCCUGAGACUCUGGGCAAACCUCUAACAACUACUCUGCAAGAGGCCGAAGCUCUGGGGAACCAGCCCAGCAAGAAGGACUCAGCCGUGGGGUACAAAAACGCAGAGGUCGGCUUGGAGAUGAACCACCGGGAAGCCAAGGCCUGAACGUCCGUAGGGAAUGACGCACAAAAGGCUGAAGUAUCAUCGGCGUCCUGUUUUUGUGGAUUGUAAAAGAAUAACUUAAUUGUUUACAUUUAUUUCUGCAGAGACCAACAUGGGAGCUUUUUAGGGUCCUGACACAUUACACACAGAAACUUAAAUGUCUUAAAUGUGUUGUUUGUGUGUGAGUGUGUAUGUGUCCAAGACCAAGGAAAUAUGAACUGUGUACUGUGACAAGAAACACCAGCAGGCAAUAACACAAAGCCUGAACUUUGUUAGGGAAUAUGAGUGUGUGUGUUUGUAGACUAGUUAGCGUUCUGGUUUUCUACAUGCUUAUUCUAUGUAUGCACUCUAGGUAUUACAGAAUGUUGGAGAUCCAAGACCAGGAGAUUGAUCCUAAUAUUUGGACCAAAGACAGAAACCACAACAAUAUGGACACGUAAUCAUGUCUUUUGCAAUAUGGUAGCAUUGCCUAAUAUAAAACUUGUAUGGUGCUUGUAUCCAAAGGAAAACCAUUAAAAUCAUUGGAUAUCCUGACGCAAUGAAAGCGUUCAUGUUCAGUAUCGAAUUCUGAACAGCCUUUAUUUUGUGUGAAUAUUUCCCUUUUAUUUCAUUAUGGAUAAAAUAACACUUUUCUUCACCACACAACCCUUUUGCAGUCUGUCUGGUUUCUAUGCAUCUGUUGUAACAACUGUGGAUUUACAGUGAUACUUCUUCUUCUUCUUCUUCUUCUUCUUCUCUCUCUGUCUCUCAGGCGUUUGUUCAACCUGACGCUGGAAAACUAGGAUAUCUAUUUUUGUCUCACCAGGAACACAGAGCCGGCCUGUUUACAGCCCACCGACACUAACAUCCCCCUGUUUGAGGGGGAGGUCCACACUGCCCCCCCACCUCUGCUCCACCCAGCACACGAACAAGCUCCCCGUGUCCAACCUUUGAGUAGAAAUUCUGCGGGUGCACAACCAGUAAACACUGUGUGUGUGUACAGAAAAACUUCACUUCACUUCACUUGAACCUUGACUGCCAGGCAGUGAGUUCCAAAAUGAAGCUUUAGACUCAGUCGGGACCUCUGGGAUUCAGGAAGGACGUAAACCGCAACAGUGCUUCUGCUGUAACGCAAACACAGGUUGGCACAGGGGCUGUAAACCAAACACAGUAAAUCACGCACUAUCACGUAGCGCAGGGCGGAUGCUGGAAUAAUGAAGUUAAAGGGAA